CAAUGUCAGCAGGAGUAUAUAAAAUACUUUUCGAUGUAAUUUUAUAUUUCACUAUUCGAGGUUACUUUCUAAAAACUAAUCUGAGAUAAAACUUGGAUUUUUGUAAGUGUAGAAUAAAAUGGCGGCGGCCGAAAAGUUUGAUGAAGRCGAACGGCGAGAAAUGGAGUUGGAGGCACUUAUGGCGAUCUAUGAAGAUGAACUCAAAUUAUCCUUCGAUGAAGACAAUUCGAUAAGCUAUCGAAUAGAGCUGAGAGAUGUCAAUGCUGUUUUAAUUUGUCGUCUUUCAGAUAGAUACCCCGAUGUUGUUCCAGACAUUAAAGUUGUUCAACCGUCCAACAAUCAUCUUCUUGAUCUUGAGAAACUUCUUUUGAAAUUAUCAGAAGAUAUGACUGGAGAUGCCAUGCUCUACAAUCUGAUUGAAGAAGCCAARAAAUGGGCAGCAGAAAAUAAGCUUUCUACUGACUUUGAAACCACAACCACUGAGCAGUCCUCACCCUCUGUUUGCAAAUUCUUUCUACAAGGAAGAUGUAAGUUUGGAGAUAAAUGYAAGAAUGUUCAUCCAUCUACAAACAAUGGAGCAAACAGCAAGCAGCAGGAGAUAAYCCCAUCUGGUGAUAAUUUCAGCAAAGAACCAAAGUCAGGCAAGAAAUUGCCAAUGAAAACAGCUUSUGAUGUGAUUUCAAGGAUUCAGUGGGAUGAGAGAAUUGAYGGUUCAUCUUUCAGUAUAGGAUAUCUUGACAGAUUUGUGGGUAUCGUAGAGAAACCAUUCACAGACUUCAGCUGGGAUGACAUUGCCUCCACAGACUACAAUGUCUUGUCCAUUCCUAGACAUCGAAUACAGUAUUUCAAAUAUAACAGUCAGAUAGUAUGGGACAAGAGAGAAAGRUUGGACAAUGUCUUUGGUUCUACUGGAAGUGGCAUCACCAUAUAUGAUUUGAUUGACAACCCAACAUCAGUGGACAAAAUUGAAGCAACUUUGCCAGUUGAAGAUAUUGAACUUCCCAAUGUUGAUGAUUUGKAUUUUGAGCACACAUGUCCAGGCCAUGUGAAUGGCCACAACAAGAGGAAAAAUGAUGGUCCAAACUAUUUCCUUGGUCAGAGAUAA